AAUAUCCUUUAGAUGGCUUGUUCUUACUUGGCAUUCCGGACCAUUCUUCUUUCGAUUUCCUAUCAGCCUUCAGCCCACUCUCCGUACAAUUCAAUCUUGGGGUGAAUCCUCUAGGUUGUGUGCCUAGGUACCCUGGUACCCACACGACCCACACGACGAGGUUCCCCCCGACUCAAUUCCAUUCCUCUGCUUCCCCGGACUCUCUGCAGCACUGCCGGCCUACUCCCAAAUCACACAAAAGGUGCGGCUCAAGCACAGCCCGAAGAGAGAAUCUCGCCCUUGGAACCGCCUGUCUUUCCCGCCGACGCAUGUACACGCCGCACACGCCUGUCUUUCCCGCCUAGAGGACGGCAGUCCAAGACAAACUAAACCAGCAGAUAUCGAGACGAGACAAGACAACACCCACGAACUGACCGACAUCCCCCCCACUAGACAGUCGACAGGAGAAAGAGAGGAUAUUGAUUUCUGGCCGUUUCGAACUCUUGUUUUUUUCCUGUGCCCCCCCCCCCCCCCCCUUCCCGCUCGCUUUACUACAGCCACGUUGUUCGCAUUGGCAUAUUGGCACUGCCAUUAGCAAUUUUGAAUAGUCGCCGCCCAGAAGCUCCCCCCUGCCCCCCGCCCAUCUAUCUGCCACCUCACAUUUUCUUGCCACUGUCACUUCCCUUCUUUCCCCUCCGACCCUUUAGCGACGACGAUUUCCAGCUGAGAGAGAGCGCUUGCUUCGUUUCUUCUUCCUUCUUUUUUCUGUCCUCUUUCUCUCAUUGGGGCUAUCCUUCGUUGCAAAGCUACGUUCUUUAUAAUACCCGGCUGCCCUUUCGACCACAAUCUCCUCAUCAACGCUACCCUAGUCGCUACUGCUGCUGCCGCUGCCAGCUUGCCCAUCACGAAUAUUUUACCUGCGCGCCCUUCCACUCUCCGAAAAACGCCCACCCUGGAUCUCAAGCCAAUCCGGCAGCUAAAUGAAACCCGCCUCGCACCCAUGCUGAUGGCACUGAAAGGCCGCAGACUCGCGCUGCUGGCCGCCUUCGUCAUCGUUUCGGCUCUUUUGAUAUUCUCGCAGUCCCUCUACCCCGAGAACCUGAACUGGUCUGACAUUUCAGCUUCUCUCCCCGCCGGAAGCAAAUCCUCGGUGCCAUCCACCAAGGCUAGCAAAACCGCCUCUGCGGGCAUUGGCCGCUUCCACUUCCUCAUCGCCGCCAGCGCUCCCAACCUGCAGUUCUGCCGCGCCCUCGUUUCCUCGACCGUCAACCGCUUCGGUGCGCCCGUCAUUGCAGGAUGGAACGGCACCGGAGAGAACGACGCUGCUCUCUCACACUUGGCCAAGAUUCGCGUCGUUACCAAGUAUCUCGAGGAGUUGCCCGAUUCUAGCAACAACGACCUGUUUCUUAUGAUCGACGGCUACGAUGUCCUCCUCCAGUUCGGCCCCGACGUCUUGAUCAACCGAUACUUCGAGGCGUCCGCACGAGAGGACGAGCGCAUCAUGCAACAACUUGGACCCGAAAUGGCCGAGAAAUUCGCCGGCCCCCUUGGCCGGCACAUAUUCUUCGGCGCCGACAAGGUUUGCUGGCCUGUCGACUGGCGGCGCCCGGCAUGCUGGGCCGUUCCUCCCGUCCCCAACAUGGACGGCCGAGAGUUCGGCCCCUUAACAAAUACGGAGGACAUGGCUUUCAACCACCCAAGAUGGCUCAACAGCGGUACUAUCAUGGGCCCAAUAAAGGAGGUCCGCGAGAUGUUCCGAGCCACCCUUGACCUCAUCAACGAAGUGUACGAUCCCGAGUACGAGUUUAGAGAAAGCGACCAGUUCUACCUGAGCGACGUUUGGGGCCUGCAGGAGCUCGAGCGGAUCCAGAUGCAGAAGGAGGAAAACCCCGAAGCCGUUGUCAUGCAGCCCCCCGAGGACGGUUGGGUUCCCAACCUGGAACCCGCUUACAGCUACAACUUCCACAUCGCCAUGGACUAUUGGAGUCUGAUGUUCCAGACAUGGGCCGGCUAUGCGGAGUGGGUGGACUGGCGCAAGUUCAUCGGGCCUCUGUACUCGGUCGAGGUUACCCAAAACCACCGCAACAACUCGGAUUUCGUCCCUUGGAGCCUGCACAUGCAAGCGGAUGGUAUGAGGUCGUUGAAGCGCAUAUUCAACUCGACGUCGGAUGAGACUAUGGGCGCGACGGUGAACGAGCUGAUCCGGAAGUCCGAGUUCGGUGCCAACAUUGUCACCAAGCAGACGUUCCCUUUGCUGCACGUCACGGGAGAGAAGGGCGCCCUUGAUGCUUUCUGGCCCCGUCUGUGGUUCUUCCCCUAUGGGCGGUCGCUGAUUCGAUCUGCCAUCAACUGGUUCCAGGCCGAGGAGCACUACGGGCCCGAACUGAUCGACAACAGGGUCUGGUACCCCGCCCACCCCUACCCAAAGGACAUUAGAGAAAGCGACGGCGGCGCCUGGUCAGACGCCAGCAAUGACAACGCAACUGUUUACUGGUUAGGCUUCGACGAGCUCUGCGCCGAGCACCACAGCAUUCUGUUUGGGGAAGAUUAGGCCUC